AUGACCACCACCAACAGCCACCAGUCGGCCAGCGCGCCACGGGAUCCCAGACCAAUCUUCUUCUUCGACAUUGACAAUUGCCUUUACUCCCGAGAAUGCAACAUUCACGAUGAGAUGCAGAAGCUGAUCAACGCCUUCUUCAUCAAGCACCUCUCCCUCAGCACCGAAGAUGCGCACCACCUGCACAUGAAGUACUACAAGGAGUACGGGCUGGCGAUCGAGGGCCUCACGCGGCACCACAAGAUCGACCCGCUGGCCUUCAACCGUGAGGUCGACGACGCGCUGCCGCUGGACGAGAUCCUGAAGCCCGACCCGCAGCUGCGCCGGCUGCUCGAGGACAUCGACCGGAGCCAGGUGCGGCUGUGGCUGCUGACGAACGCCUACGUCACGCACGCCAAGCGCGUGGUCCGGCUGCUCGAGGUGGACGACCUGUUCGAGGGCGUCACCUACUGCGACUACUCGCAGACGCCCCUGGUGUGCAAGCCCAGCCAGGUGAUGUACGACAAGGCCGAGCGGGAGGCCGGGGCGUCGAGGUCGGCGGAGUGUUAUUUCGUCGAUGAUUCGGGCUCGAACUGCAAACACGCGGCGGAGCGCGGCUGGGCGGUGGCCCAUCUCGUCGAGCCGGGCGUCCCCGCCCCUCCGGAGCCGGCUUCCCAGUUCCAGAUUUCGAGCCUCGAGGAGCUGAGGACUUGUUUCCCGCACUUGUUCAAGUCGCGGUCUUGA